UUCCUUCAAAAGGCCUACAAAACGUGUCAGACAAAGAAGUAUGAAGAAGAUAAAUAUUUCAUACGUGCUUGCGAAAUCGGCCAAGCGCUAUCCUCAGGGCUCCGGAGACAGGUUGCAUUCCUAGUGAACGUCAACAACAACCAUUGGGUUGCCAUUAUUCUAGAUUUCGAACACGACCUCAUCUUACUUGGAAACUCGCUAGAUCAGAACAAGCACUGUGACAUUGUGAAGGACAUUCUAGAGUGGUGGACCAAGCAUCAUUCAGGACGUCAGUUCAUGGUGCAGCCACUUGCCAUCACUUGCCAGCAAGAUAUAUUUUCGUGUGGCUUGCUGUCCUUCAAUGCAUUGGCCCAUCACCUCCUCCCCAACUCAUAUCCACUCAUAGAUGCUGUGCACGUUGCCAAUGGUCGACUUGAGAUAAUGUUAGAAGUCAUCAAACAACACCUUGAUCAGGUAUGUACACAUUUA